GUGGGGCCUUUCCCACCACGGACUACAGGUCCCAGCAAGUCCUAAACGCCUCUCGGGCCAAAUCUCGCGUGAUGCGACGAGACCUCGGAAGGCUUUACGGAAAGGCCGCCGGCCGGCUCGGCAGCCCGAGUUCCCCGGUCAGUGCUCGAGGCCUUCGGCGUCGCCCCGGGCACAGCGCCGCUCACACCAUGGCUUGGGUUCCGACUGCGCCACAGCGUCUCGUGAGACGUGGGACCUCAGAGCCUCUUUAGUGCCGCAGCUUCGGCUGUAGGCAGCCCCGCGGCAGCGGAAGAACAGAACCUCUGAAAUGGAUGGACUCUCCUCAAGCAGCUUUGCUAAUUUGCAGCCGCUGGACAAUGUUCCUCAUUAAUACCUGUCUGUCAGCAUAAUCAUCAUUUCACUCUGGUGGCAGGGACUCAGCUCCGAAUUCUAUAUAGAAAACAUCUGGAUCCCAGUCUUUCAAUGGCUUCGAGACAACCAGAAGUGCCUGGAAGGCUGUUGGGAUGGCUGCUGGGAGGAGUCUUUAAGAUGUUUUGAAAUUGCUCCCAAAUUAAGUGGAUUAAUAGAGGAGUUUCCCCCAUGUCUCCUGAUGUGGAUCCAUCUCUGGAUGUCUCUUACAUCAUCAGUCUCUUGAGCCUAGUGGGCCUCUAGGCAAGAUGUCCCUGCCUAUUGGGAUGUACCGCCGGGCCUUCAGCUAUGAUGAUGCCCUCGAGGACCCUACACCCAUGACUCCUCCUCCAUCGGACAUGGGCAGCAUCCCCUGGAAGCCAGUGAUUCCAGAACGCAAGUAUCAGCACCUUGCCAAGGCGGAGGAAGGAGAGACCAGUGUCUCCUCCCCUGCCAUGACCAUGUCAUCGGCCACUGACAGUGUGGACAAGGCCCCUGUGGUGAAGGCUAAAGCUACCCAUGUCAUCAUGAAUUCUCUGAUCACAAAACAGACCCAGGAGAGCAUUCAGCGUUUUGAGCAGCAGGCAGGGCUGAGAGAUGCUGGCUACACACCACACAAGGGCCUUACCACCGAGGAGACCAAGUACCUUCGAGUGGCAGAAGCGCUCCACAAACUAAAGCUACAGAGUGGAGAGAUAACAAGAGAAGAGAAGCAGCCAGCUUCAGCCCAGUCUACCCCAAGCAGCAGCCCCCACUCCUCCCCUAAGCAGAAGUCCAGAGGCUGGUUUGCUUCUGGUUCUUCCACAGCCUUACCUGGCCCAAAUCCUAGCACCAUGGAUUCUGCAAGUGGAGACAAGGACAGAAACUUGGCGGAUAAAUGGAGCCUCUUUGGACCAAGAUCUCUUCAGAAGUCUGAUUCAGGAGGUUUUGCCACCCAGACUUACAGAGGAGCCCAGAAGCCUUCUCCAAUGGAAUUGAUCCGUGUCCAGGCCACCCGAAUGGCUGAAGAUCCGGCAACCUUCAAGCCGCCCAAGAUGGACAUUCCAGUGAUGGAAGGGAAGAAACCACCACCACGGACCCAUAAUCUCAAACCUCGUGACUUAAAUGUGCUCACACCCACUGGCUUCUAGAGCUCUUUGUAUUUCAGGGACUCUGGAUAGAGGGUAUCUUGUACCCAACUCCCCUUUUACCUUGGCUUUGACAUAGGAAAGUUAUUUUUGUUUUUAAAACCUCUUAAACUGAGGCUGGAGCUAGAGAUAUGAUUGGCUUUUGAGAAAUGUUAAUGCAAAGCUUGUCCUUGUUAGAAGAAGCCAUUUUGUGUGGUUUAAAGUUAAAUAAUCCCAGCAGUGAUGUAUGGGGGAUCUCAUACCCAUUUUUGUAUCAUUUAACCUUAGACAAGAACUUUGAUCAUUGCUUACUAGGUAAACAAUGUGUUGUUCCAGAACUGAGGCUUCUUGAUUUCUUUACCACUGUAAACAUGUGCAUGGACAAAUCAUGGAACACAGGUGUUCCCAAACUAGUUGAGACUUUGGUCCUCUUGAUUGUACACUUCUGUGUGCUCCAGCCUUGUCAGUUGGGGGACCUCAGAUCUAUUUGAGAUCUGGGUACAGUUAACAGCCAGACUUGGCAGGGACCCCCCCUUCCUGUGCUGAACCAGGGCUGUCCUUGUGUUUUGGUAGGCCUUACAGAUCACUUCAUCCUGUAGCCACUUCUUACCAGAGCACCUCUUUGGCUGGCGCUGUUGGAGGGAUGCUUCUCUUUUAUGUGUCACAGAACAAACACUAGUCUUGCAUAUCCUUUUUUGCACUUUUAAAAUUAAUUUAACUCCAGUUUGGUUGAAAACUUCCUAAGGGAGAAAAUUCAGUGUACUGGUUUCCUAUAGAUAAGUGGAUGUCAAACUUUAAAGUACAGAAAAGGUGGUACCUACAUUUAGAUGAUAGUCUUGAGGUUCAUGUGAAACUAGUGUCACCCCAUUUUGAUUUUUUUGUUUGUUUUCUAUUUUGAUUUUCUUGUUCAGGCCAAGCAUAAAACCUUUUUUUCUGGGAGGUGGAAGAAUUUAAAAUUUUUCUAUAUGAAAUCAUUGUCCCCUGGAAAGAGCUGCAUACUUUUAUAAAUAUAUAAGUUACUAAGGAAAGGAACUAAGGAAUCCACUUUUUAAUUUCUCCUCUCACCAUGUAUAUGGUCAGUUACUGUCUUAAACACUGGCUCAAAUUCCCACUGUUUUUUUGUUCUGGAUAAUAUCGUGUCUACAUGGGAGCCGAGCGGACCUUUCAUUGGAAAGCCCUGGAGUCUAAAAUGAUCAGAAUAAUUAAUUUAUUUGUGUCUUCUGUUAUGCUUGUAUCUCUUAUUUGUUUUGACAAUAAACUUCUUAAACUGCUUUCUCAAA